UCACCUUGGAGAGCCCGAAAAAAUUCAUUAAGGAGGCCCCGCGGACACUGCUUUUUGAUACAUUUUUUUUUAAUACGACGUUAAUUUUCGAUACACCUAAAAAAACCACACUCUUGCCUCUCCUUUAUUUUUCCUUUUCUCUCUCGCUCAUCUUUACUAUACAUAUAUCAUCAUGGGCGCCAACAUGUCAAAAGCUCUCUCCAAGCUGUUCGGCAGCAAGGAAAUGCGAAUUCUCAUGCUCGGUUUGGAUGCUGCCGGCAAAACCACCAUUCUUUAUAAGCUAAAGUUAAACCAAUCCGUGACAACGAUCCCUACCGUCGGCUUCAAUGUUGAAUCGGUCACUUAUAAGAACGUAAAGUUCAACGUUUGGGACGUUGGAGGUCAGGAUAAGAUUCGUAACCUAUGGAGACACUAUUAUACAGGCACACAGGGCUUGAUUUUCGUUGUGGAUUCGCAGGACCGUGAUCGUAUCGACGAAGCGCGUCAGGAACUGCACCGCAUUAUCUCGGAUCGUGAAAUGAAGGAUUGCUUACUGCUCGUCUUUGCCAAUAAGCAGGAUCUCCCAGGCGCUAUGUCACCUGCGGAAGUGACAGAAAAACUUGGCUUACACAAGAUGCGUGAUCGCGCGUGGUAUGUUCAUCCUUCAUGCGCUACUACAGGCGACGGUUUAUUCGAGGGUUUGAAUUGGUUGAGUCAGAACGUCAAGACAAAGUAAACAGCACAAACGAACCGACCGACCGACCAUUCAUCCAUCCGAUCCUAUCCUAUCCUAUCCUAUCCACAUAUAUGAUAUAUAAAAAAAGAAAUAUCCCUUAUCUACAUAAUAGUAACUUUGCCCUUAUAUUUCCACUCGCACACACACUCUAACUCUUACCCUUUUCUCCAGCUAUCUCUCUCCACAACGAAAACUUCUUUUCGCCCGUUAUUUUUCCCUUAACAGCCCCUCUUAGUUAUACUAUUUGCUCCAUCUUCUUGUGUCUGUUUUUGUCCUGUCAUUUACUUAUAUAUUAUCAACAACCUCCCUUACCAUGACCUUCUAAUAUGUGUUUGCUUUUCUUUCUCUCUCUCUCUCUCUCUCUCUCUUUCUUUGAUUUUAAUUGCUUCAUUCAAAUUUUGGAUAAUCCUGCUAACUCUGCCAACACAGAUGCUUCAUACGCUUCAUCUUGAUCUAAAUCUGCUCUU